GGCUCGGGCUCGGUUCUCCCUCCAUUCCCCGGCAUCGCGGCGGGCUCGGGCGGCGGCAGGAUGGCGGCUGGGCUCCUGCCCCUGCUCCCGCUGCUGCUGCUGCUACCGGGCCGGGGGCCGCCGGGGGCCCUGGGCAACCGGCACGCCGUGCACUGGAACAGCUCCAACCCGCACCUGCGGCGGGAGGGCUACACGGUGCAGGUGAAUGUCAACGACUACCUGGACAUCUACUGCCCUCACUACAACGCCUCGGUGCCCGAGCACCGGCUGGAGCAGUACGUGCUCUACAUGGUGAACGCGGAGGGCUACCGCACCUGCAACACCAGCCAGGGCUUCAAGCGCUGGGAGUGCAACCGGCCGCACGCGCCCCACAGCCCCAUCAAGUUCUCGGAGAAGUUCCAGCGCUACAGCGCCUUCUCACUGGGCUACGAGUUCCGUGCGGGGCAGGAGUACUACUACAUCUCCACGCCGACACACAACCACCGCCGGGCCUGCCUGAAGAUGAAGGUGUUUGUCUGCUGCGCCUCCACGUCGCACUCCGGGGAGAAGCUGGCGCCCACCCUGCCCCAGUUCACCCUGCGGCCCGAGGUGAAGAUCGAGGACCUGGAAAACUUCAACCCGGAGAUGCCCAAGCUGGAGAAGAGCAUCAGCGGCACCAGCCCCAAGCGGGAACACUUGCCCCUGGCCGUGGCCGCCGCGCUCUUCCUCAUGACGCUCCUGGCCUCGUAGCUCCCGGUGCCCGCGGGGGCCCGGCCAGCGCCGCUCUGCCCAGCGCGGCCCCCUCGAGCUGCUGCCCCUCGUGAGAAGGGGAGCACGGCCGGACCACCGCCCCCUGCCCGGAGAGCCGCCCGCGGAGCUGCCCCGCGGGGCCGGCAUCACCGAUCCGCCGCUCCGGGGAUGCGGCCGGAGCGCUGCGCCCUCCGCCGACAGCAGCCCGGGGAGCGCGGGGUCUGCCCGCAGCCCCCCCGUGCCCCACCGUGGCUGGGGGGCUGAGCCCGAGGAGAGCGGGGCCCCCCGGGGCCGGGCAGAGUGUACAUACCCAUAUAGAUCUAUACAUACUGUACAGAGAGCGACUACAGAGAUAUAUCUAUACUGUACCAUAGGCAGCGGCGCCGGCCCCGGGCUGGCUUGUACAUAGUCGAACGUGUUGGAUUUUCCUCGUCUUCCGUGAAGACCCGACCUAUGCAAACGCACAGACACUUUUUGGGGAAAAACAGAACAAAACAAAACAAAACAAAA